UUGUUUAGCUUCCGGCUUUUCCGGUCACAGUGAACAAUGGCGGUCGAGAGGGAGAGAAAUAUGAUCUUGCUGGAGUUGGAGUUGUUGGAUGUGAAAGAAAGUAUCCUUAUCCUGAAACGAAUUCUUCGCAACAGAAGAAGGACGGGGAGAAGGAGGAGAUGGGAUGUGCGCCCGUUGAACCAGUCGAGGCAGAAUACGGGGGAAUAUUCAGUGCUUGUUCGACCUUUGCGAGACGUUAAUGAAGAAAUGCUUUUCGGGAACUUUAGAAUGUCGGCAAGCCGAUUUAACGAUCUGCUUCGUCUUGUGCAGCCGCUGAUAUCUCACCAGAGCACACACUCCAUGCCUGUUGAUGCUGCCCAGAGACUUGCAGUUACUUUGCAAAUUUUAGCGUCUGGUGGCAGCCAACAGGCUGUUGCAGCGAGCUACAAGUUGUCCUCCAGCACUGUGUCUGGUGUACUGUCAGAGGUCUGCAAAGCUUUAUGGACGGCCCUGCAGCCGGAAUUUCUUCCAUGCCCUUCAACUAGCCAGUGGGAAGCUAUUGCUGCAGAAUUUUGGCAAUUGUGGAACUUCCCGAACUGUAUAGGAAGCGUCGACGGGAAGCACAUCAAAAUCAAGGCACCGCGACGCUCCAAGAGUGGCUACUUCAAGGGUUCUCGCUCCAUUGUUAUGAUGGCAACAUGUGAUGCAAGGUAUCGCUUCACCAUGUUGGACAUGGGCGGAUAUGGAACGGAAAGUGACGGGGGCAUUUUCAAGGAGAGCAAAUUUGGUUCGAUGCUGCUCGACCAUGAGCUCAAUCUGCCCGCACCAGCGAAACUCCCUGGAACACAAGUCCAAAUCCCCCAUGUGAUUGUUGGUGAUGCUGCCUUCCCCCUGCACAGCAAUCUCAUGUCCCCCUUCCCAGGGGCAAAUCUGAGCAUGGAGAAGCAGAACUUCAAUUACCGUCUUUCCAGAGCCAGGCGGGUCAUUGAAAACAGCUUUGGAAUCAUGAUGGCAAGGUGGAGGAUUCUUGGACGGCAUGUAGAGUUCCUGCCAGAGAAGACCGUGGAUGUUGUAAAGGCAUGUGUUGUCCUGCACAACUACCUGGCCUACACUGACGAUCUGAACACACCAGAGACCAAAUACAUACCACCAAGCUUUGCGGACUAUGAUUCAGGUGGAUUAGUGGAGCCUGGGGAGUGGCGAAGCCUGGUAACAGGGGACUCAAAUCUGAUGGGGCCCAUAGAUCCCUCACAGAUGUCAAAGAACCGUUCCAACACAGCUGCCCAGGCUGUCCGCAACCAUUUGACUGCCUUCUUUCUGUCGCCGCAGGGAAGUGUGGAAUGAAUCUGCAUGUCUUGAAUCAUUAAUCCAUCCAUUGAACCAGACAUCCCCCUCUGUCCACCUUCUUCACCCCUUUUUAUGAAGAUGGUACAAUGUCAGUACCAAAGUAUCCUGGGUCUGUUUUGGAUACAACCUGAACAAAUCCAGAACAAUUUCUCCAGGAAGAAGAAAAAUAGACAAACAACCAAACAAACAAAAAACCCUGCAAAAUGUAUAACAAUGUGCUCACUUUAAAGCAGCAACAGCAAGAACAAAAUACAAAAAUAACAUAAUCAACAAAACAAAAAGGAAAAAAAAUAUUGGGCACGAUUCCUUAAAAAAAAAGAAAACAAGUUUAUUCUAUUUGAUCAUCCAAUUUAUAGUUUGAUGAAACGUUAUAUCACAAAAAGAUUAGUUUUUCAGCACAAAGCCUGAUUAAAAAAUGGUUAACUAUGUCAGCUAAGCAGCUUUCUUUUUAAAUGCAACUUUGUUGUAUUUACAGUCCAUCUCCUUCUUCGUAUUUCUAAGUCCCACUUCACACAGACUUCCCGUCAUCCAGAUAAAUGCCACUAAAUGGAUCCAUUCCUCUUUUCCUCGCUCUUGGUCUUCUAGUUCUCAUUUUCGUAAAUCAAAUCGUUUGCUUUGCCAGAGUUUGGCAAAUUAGCGCUGUUCAGCCCAGAUCCUUAGCAGCUUGUUUCAUUUCACUGCAGUUGACAUAAAUGCCAUCCAUUGUUGUCUAGAAUUAAAGCAAACAUUUUAAGGUGUUAAUUUUUGUGCAGGUGAAUUUUAAUUAGAUUCCUGAGUAUUAAAAUUAACGUAUAGGAGGUUAAACUCAAUUUAAAGUACCUCCUUGUCAUCUUCUUUAAAAAGUUGACCAGAAGCAGCAGUGUUGGUUUCAGCUUUACUCAGAGCCCUGAAAAAUACAAAAGAACAUAUUAAAUGUAAAAGAAACUCAUGUAUUGGUCCAUUGAGUGAGGCCACAGCAGAGGCAAGUUCUUGGGGGGAAAAAAAAUCACAAAUGAAAAAUAACUAGACUGGUCAACCAACAGAAAGUGGGUCACAUUAACUGAUUGGUAACCAAGAGGCUUGAAAAAUGUUAAGCAAUUCAAGUAAAUCAUCAGACAAAAGAUAAAGUAUGAAAGUCCUGAGAGUCAUGUGUGCUUAUGUGGUCAGAAAAAGGUUAGAGGGAAAUUUGAGAAGAUGAAAGAAGGAUUAUAUCAUAAGGAGGAUGUUACUGUUACGCCUCUGAAAAAAGGCGAGGAAAAAUCACAAGAGUGAAUUGGUCUUUUCCGAACCAUAGCAUUUACUCAAGUGCAACACAAUGUUAACAAUAACAACAGUUACAGAGGUUACAAAUCAUCUGACAUUAAUAAAACAUAAUAUUCCCUCUGAGACAUACAUCCCAUUUUCACUAAAUGUAAAUAAUGUCUUCUAUUAGCCCUAAAUGUAAAUAAUGUCUUCUAUUAGCCCUAAAUGUAAAUAAUGUCUUCUAUUAGCCCUAAAUGUAAAUAAUGUCUUAUAUUAGCCCUAAAGGUAAAUGUCUUAUAUUAGCCCAAGAACUUUAGUAGCCUCUUGCCAAAAAUCAUAAAACCUCCUUAAUAACACAUAAACAACACUGUUCACAAUACAUUUACAUUAUAUGCACCUGUUGACUUGCAAACAAUAGGAAAACUAGACGUAGAUACACAAAACGACGGCAGGUCCAUGCACACCGGCGGUGCACAAAAUAGCGGCGGCUCUGUCCGCACGUACGGUUAGGGGUGGGUAUUGGGAAGGACCUCACGAUACGAUACGCAUCACGAUACUUGAGCCACGAUACGAUACACAUUGCGAUAUCCCGAUUAUGCGAUAUCCCGAUUAUUAUAUUCUACAUAGUUCACCGAAAAAUUUUAAAAUGCAUUACACAUCUUAAAAUCCAAGUUGUAUAUAUGUACAUCAGAUGAUAGUGAUGGAUCUUAAAAUCCGAGUUGCACGUUCAUCAGAUUAUAGUGACAAUUCAUGGGACAAACUGAGUCAAAAAAACAAUGUUUUAUUAUAACUAUACAAGCUAAAGUUACAACAUAUUUGUAUAUGUUUUUCAUAUUAUUUACAUCAUAUGAAAUUAACAUUAAAUUUAGUAUGAGGUUGCUUUAAUAAUGUGGCAAAUGAUAAUAAACAAGAAAGAUGGGUACUAAAACCAAGGACAGGCACAGUGAUCAGUCAGUAUAGAUAUAAAUCCAUAAAUAAAUAAACCUCUGUCCAUUAUUUUUCAUUUUUUAAGGACAGGCAAUUGUGUUAUAUAAAAAAUAAAUUAUAAAAUGAAAUAAAACGUGAAAUAAAACCUGAGCUCAGUGCAGGGCCCUCCCAAGGUUGGUAGAGAGUGGCAAUGCCCAGGACUGUCACUUAGGUAGGAGCACUGGGUGAUAUAAUGGGAAAAAAAUUGGGGAUAAAAAAAAAAAAUUGAUAUUAAAAUUUUUAAUAUCGAUAUUGAAUCGGCUGGAAAAGUAUCGCGAUAUAUUGCCAUAUCGAUAUUUUUGCCCACCCCUACGUACGGUACACAAAAUGGCGGCGGCUGCUCCGUGCUCCACACACACACAUACAGACACACACACGCUCAACAACACUCGGUAAAACUCUGCUCUAACCAAACAUAAACAUUCUCUAACUGCUCCGAAACAUAUCACAAACGUAUUCCGACCAUUUACAUAGCAAAUUUUAAGGAUAACAUACCUGGACAAAAAGGCGAGGAAAAAUCACAAGAGUGAAUUGGUCUUUUCCGAACCAUAGCAUUUAUUCAAGUGAGGAAACACCGCCAUUUCUCAGAGGUAUGUGGGCGGAGGCAAAGGCAAUCGAUCCCAGAACCCUCAGAUUACGACUAAUUAAAUGUCACAGAUAAGCACUGAAAUAAAAAUACUUCUUAGCCUUUUAACAAGUUUUACCAUUUUUAGACAGUUUUAACACCUUAUGAACUCUUAACUUGCGACGGAUCAUUUUAAUCAUAUAAGCAUUUCUAUGAGUUUUUAAAUCUUUUUAAGCAGUUUUAUAUUAAAGACCAUGAACUGAUUGUCAUUUUAAGCCUGUUAACAAAUCAUUUGUAUUAUAUUUUUAACUUGUAGCAGAUGAAAAUAUAACACUUUUAAUUUGUCACCCU